ACUAAAUGCUAGCAACUCACUAACAGGGUAGACAAACGCAGCAGGUGUUGUGCAUUAAGCAGCAGCACACAUAGCUGUAGAUGUCAGAAGCAGUUCUCCUAAAAGAGAGAGCGGGGGAAAUGUUGACCUGGAUUAGCCUUUACAUGCCUAUUGGAAAAGUGCCAUGGGAUCUUUGAUUUCACCAUGGUCAGAGUGGGGUGGGAUCACCUUGCUGUAAAUAGCCUAUGAUUUCAGGAAAGAUUUAAUUGCUAUGCUUUCCCCUAUGCUUGAAAUACCUUCCAAAUCCUGCAUACCAUGUAACCUCCUUUUCCUUCAUAUUCCUCCUCACAACUCGUCUAUUCCCACAGUCUCUCCAACGCUGACUCCUACACCCAUGCUGCCCUUCUAACGUAAGUAGGAUAAUAACAUUUAAAAAGUAGGUAGUGCAGUGACCCAGAGUAUAAAGGACGCAACCUUAUUAGCUUGCCCUGUGUCGUUUCCCCUUCUAUUAUGUCACACCGUAUCCAAUUUACCACACAAUUUUAAUAGGCUUACUAACGCUGUAUAGCACCUUCCUCACAAUUGACUUCCUUGGGACUUUUUGUGGGGUAGGGUGCUACCUAAUGUGAAUAAGGGUAUCAGAAUCUGACCCUUAGAUUGUAAACUCUUUGGGGCAGGGAUUAUAUAUGUAUUCUCUCUGUAAAUCACUAUAUACUUAAAUUAAUCCCUCGCACCAGCACUCUACAAUGGGUGAAGAGGGAUAGGAAGGUGUCUCCAUUUUAGCUUUAUGUAGUGUGAGGUCUGCAUGGUUUCCGAAGUCCAGUUUGAAAGGUGACAAUUUACAAUUCACAGUUAUGAGAGCAAAGCAUUUGCGCAAGGAAAGGCAGACAGAACUCUGGUUUUUGUUCUUCUCUUCCCCAGGGCAGUAUGCAGAGUUCAUUCCAGGCUGGGUAAGGAUGGGUGAAAAUUGGAAGAGAAAUCCUGGUCCCCGUCAUUCUCCAAAAGUUUUAUGCAUACAAGUUCCUCCAUCUGCUCAGGAUACCUACUUACUGAAGGACCUGAAGCGAGGCCAGAAAUGCUACCUCUAUAGCAUCAUGAGAGUUUAUGACAGCAAACCUCUGAGGGAAAUGCUGUCCCAUCAGUACAUGCUCAAUCUCCAGCGCCAGAAUUUGCUAGGUCAUAUUACUGAGCAUGAAGUCAGGUUUUACACCUCCUUUCUGGAUCAAGCUGAAGAGAGAGGCCCAAGGAAGGUCUCAGCUAGAAACAGCACCUCUCUGAAGUCCAGUGUUGGGAGAACUCAGCUGGGAUUAACAGCCUGUAGUUCAUAGAAUUAGUGCCCUAAUGCCCCAUCAGGAUCAAGAUCAGAGGACGUUGUGUGGAGCACUGUACCAAACACAGAUGAAGAGCCUGUCCUUCCCCAGGGCAGAUUAUAUGGCUGUCAACAUAUUUUUCUGUAACACAAAUGUAUUUCUGAAUGUGAUCUCAAAAAAACUGAAAAAGAUUAAAAUAGUAAGGCCCGGAA